AUGGGCGCUGGCGGCCGAAGGAGAGCCCUCAGGGAGGCCGCGGGGCCUGGUUUCACGUCGUUGGGGAGCAGUCUCCAGGACCGGGGCCAGGAGUCCAAGCCGGCUCCUGCAGGACCAGGCAUUUGCACCCCGGCAAGUGCGCGGAGAAGACAGACUCAGGCUCUGCAGCUUGGUUCAGAUCCUACCCUGCCACUGAGUAGCUGGGUCACCUUGGGCAAGUCAUUUCCUUUCUGCGCUCCUCCGUCUAGCCUCAAAGUGAGGGUCAGCUGCUCACAGGAGGGCCUCUCAGGAGGGCCUCUUCACGAGCAGCCACACAAACAGUGGUCAAGAGGCUCAGGCAAGACCAUCCCCGUGGAGGCCCAGAGCAGGGUGUCCGGUGCCUGGACUGCGUCGUUCCUUCGACACAGCAUUCAAGUGUCUCCUGGUGACCAGGGACUGUGCCAGGCACCGAGGAGGCAGCGCGGUGCUCGUGCAGGCUCCAGCCCUGCGGGAGCCCCCACCCGGGGGGCAGACAGACGCCCUGUCAACGUGUGGCUCUUCCUCACAAGCACUUCUCUAAGGGACGGCUCCUCUCGCCCUCCUGUCACACUCGGCUCAGGCUGCACCCCAAGGGAGCCCCCCACCCCGGUGAUUGCGUGCCCUGGGUUCCCGUGGCCUGCGCCUCAUAGUAUUGUCGUUGCCCAUUGACAGGCU